AUGGAAAAGCAAUUAUUAGCUCUACUCACAGUCACACUGUUAACAUCAGCAGCCUAUUUCAUGAAUGGCAAAGAUGGAAGUCUUACACUUGAAGGAUAAUUCUCAUCUUGGAAAUAAUAACAUGGAAAGAGAUAUUCUGAUUUUGAAGAAGUUCAUAGAUUCUCAGUAUUUGCUUAAAAUUUAGCAGUUGUUAUGGAACACAACUCAAAAUUUGAACUUGGAUAAGAAACAUUCACUUUAGGAAUGAAUUAAUUUGCUGACCUUACACCUGAAGAAUUCCAAGCUUCAUACCUUACUCUUAAACCAUAAGCUUAAGAAAGACAAAAUGUCAAGAGUUUCUCUGGAUUGAGAUUCCCAGAUACAGUUGAUUGGAAGGAAGGUUUGACAGUCAAGAAUCAAGGUAAUUGUGGUUCAUGCUGGGCAUUCUCUGCUGCUGCUGCCCUUGAAGCUGCUCUCCAUCAUUAAAAGAAAGAAAAAGUUAAUAUUUCUGAAUAAGAAUUUGUUGAUUGCACAACAGCCAAACUCGGAUAUGAAAGUGAAGGAUGUAAUGGUGGUUGGAUGGAUGAUGCUUUUGAUUACACUGUUAACUAUGGUGUUGCCACAGAAGAAGAAUAUCCAUACAAGGGAGUUGAUUAAGCUUGCAAAACUGGAUUAAAAAAGAAAUACUAUAUUGAUUCAUUUGUUGAUGUUGAACCAUUGAGCUCAGAUGCUCUUCAUGAAGCCAUUGCAAAGACUCCAGUCUCGUAAUAUAUAUUUUUAUAUUUUUAGUGUUGCUAUUAAAGCUGAUGGAAUCAUGUUCUAACUUUAUAGUGGUGGUAUCUAUUCCAGAACUUGCUCAGCCAAAAAGAUUGAUGAUUUGAACCAUGGUGUUUUGGCUGUUGGUUAUGCCAAAGAUUCCUAUACUAUCAAGAAUUCUUGGGGAGCCGGAUGGGGAGAAAAGGGAUACAUGAGAUUAGCUAUUAUUGCUGCUAAAGAAGGAUAAUGCGGUAUCCAUUGGGUUCCAUCAUAUCCAGUCUUUUGAC